UAAGCUUGGGUUGCGGGGUGUCGAAUCUGCUAUCUUGUACUUACGCUCAGGAAACGUGAGUUGUGCAAGCGAUAAUUAUGGCUGAAGUCAAUAAAGGAAAAGCAACGAAGGAGCAGAAAUACGACCGACAGCUCAGACUGUGGGGAGAUCAUGGUCAGGAAGCACUGGAAAACGCACAUGUGUGUCUGAUCAAUGCCACCGCAUCAGGGACAGAAAUACUGAAGAAUCUGGUGCUGCCAGGUAAGUGCUAAAUGGAUGGGUGUUUUACUUGCAAAGAAGAAAAAAUACUGCUUUAUUUUUCUGUUAUAGAAAAUUGUCAAAUUGAAUAGACUGUUGUGGGCUCAAAUCGGGCCCAGGCAUCCACAGAGCUAUUGCAGGAGCUGAACAGUGACGUUUCUGGGAAUUUUGUGGAGGAGUCUCCAGAACAACUCCUAGACAACAAUCCUGAGUUUUUCCAUAGAUUUAGCUUGGUAAUUGGUGUCCAGUUACAAGAAAGUACGACUUUACGAUUAGGGGCUGUUCUGUGGAAUGCUGGAGUUCCUUUUCUGGUCUGCAGGACCUAUGGGUUCAUUGGGUACAUGAGGCUUGUGGUGAAAGAACAUUCAGUUGUAGAAUCUCAUCCAGAUAACACUCUAGAGGACUUGAGGUUGGACUGUCCAUUUCCUGAACUCAAAAAGCAUAUUGAGUGCCAUGACCUGGAUAACAUGGACAGAAAGGACCAUAGUCAUACUCCUUGGAUCAUUGUGGUUGCCAAGUAUCUGGAAAAUUGGUGCAGUGAGCACAAUUCCCAGCCACCCAAGAAUUACAAGGAAAAGGAAGCAUUCAGAGAACUCAUCCGCCAAGGGAUCCGCAAGAAAGAGAACGGGUCUCCUGAGGAUGAAGAGAACUUUGAUGAAGCAAUUAAAAAUGUCAAUACAGCCCUGAACGCGACAAAGAUCUCGAGUACAGUAGAGGAUAUCUUUAAUGAUGAGCAGUGCAAGAACAUUACAUCACAGAGUCCUUCGUUCUGGAUGAUGGCGCGGGCUGUCAAGGAGUUUGUGGAGAAGGAAGGUGGAGGAAGCCUUCCGGUCCGUGGCACCAUCCCUGACAUGAUUGCCGAUUCUGACAAGUUCAUCAGCCUUCAGAACGUCUACCGAGAGAAGGCAAAACAGGAUGCUGCUGCAGUCUCGAAACAUGUAGCCUUUCUGCUGCAGUCAGUUGGAAAGUGCUCUGAAAGCAUUUCUGAGCAGGACAUCAGACUUUUCUGUAAAAAUGCAGCAUUCCUAAGAAUUGUACGGUGCAGGUCACUGGCUGAGGAGUACAGUGUUGAAUCUUUUAAUAAAGAUGAAAUCACAUCUUGUAUGGACAAUCCAGACAGCGAAAUGGUGCUGUACCUCAUGCUACGUGCUGUUGAUCGCUUCUAUCAGCAACACUCCCGAUAUCCAGGUGUUUAUAAUUACCAAGUUGAAGAAGAUAUUGGCAAGUUGAAGUCUUGUGUCAACAGCCUUCUUCAAGAAUAUGGCCUGAAUGUAAAUGUGAAAGAUGAUUACAUUCAUGAAUUCUGUCGCUGUGGUGCUGCAGAACCACACACAGUUGCUUCAUUCCUGGGAGGAUGUGCUGCUCAGGAGGCGAUCAAAACAAUAACACACCAGUUCGUACCUUUCAACAACACCUUUAUCUACAAUGCAAUGUCACAGACGUCUGCCACUUUCCAGCUAUAAAGGAAAACUACAUUUCAGUGUUGUAUAUGUUAUUUAACCCAUUGUAAAAUAUUAGAAUGUGUUAUCUGUUUCUAAAAAAGGAAAAUAAAUUAUCAUUGAUGAUUGGCUGGUUUGCUGUUCGGUGGUUUUUUGCCGUGUUGACGAACGCUUUUUUAUAUUUUUGAAAAUCGGCAGUUGAGCAGCUAAUGGAUUUCUCUACGGAGGAGGAAAACUUGCAAUGAUGAUAUAUGGAUGGUGUAUUUUCAAGAGGUAAACUACAGUACAUGGACCAAUCAUAAGGAGUCCAAUGCAUUCUGUCAGCUGUAAAUAAACGAAACGGAUUGAACCAA